UACUUUUAAUUAGUUUAUACAUACACACACACACAACACACACAGAAUAUUAUUCCACCUGUAAGCUUGGUUGUUAUAUUGACAACCGAAUAUUGUUAUUUAUUUAUUGUUAAUUUUGUUUAAUUAAAAAUUGAAAAAUCAUAUCAUAAGCAAUGACAGAUAAACUAAGAUAUGAAAAAAUUGAUUUUCUUGGAGAAGGACAGUUUGCUACUGUUUACAAAGCAAGAGACUCUGAAACUGAUCAAAUUGUUGCUGUUAAAAAGAUUAAAGUUGGAAGUCGUGCUGAAGCAAGAGAUGGUAUUAAUCGUACAGCAUUAAGAGAAAUUAAACUUUUACAAGAUUUACAUCAUGAAAAUAUAAUUGGUCUUUUAGAUGUAUUUGGACACAAAUCAAAUGUGUCAUUGGUGUUUGAUUUUAUGGAUACUGAUUUAGAAGUAAUAAUAAAAGACACAAAUAUUGUAUUAACAACAGCAAAUAUAAAAUCCUAUAUGAUACAAACACUUAAAGGUCUUGAAUAUUUACAUGAUAAUUGGAUUCUACAUCGUGAUUUAAAGCCAAAUAAUUUAUUGGUUAACAGUAGUGGAAUAUUGAAAGUUGGUGAUUUUGGUUUAGCAAAAUUUUUUGGUUCACCAAAUAGAUUAAAUACACAUCAAGUUGUAACAAGAUGGUACAGAUCACCAGAGUUGCUAUUUGGUGCAAGAUUAUAUGGUACUGGUGUUGACAUGUGGGCUAUUGGUUGUAUUUUAGCUGAAUUAUUAUUAAGAGUACCAUUUUUACCUGGUGAAACUGAUCUUGAUCAAUUAACAAGAAUAUUUCAGACACUUGGAACACCAACAGAAGAAACUUGGCCUAAUAUAUCAGAUCUUCCAGAUUUUAUACAAUUUAAACCAUUUCCAGGAACACCACUUAAACAUAUAUUUUCAGCUGCUGGUGAUGAUCUUUUAGAUUUAAUUGCAAUGUUAUUGAAUAUUAAUCCAUUAGAUCGUUGUACGUGUGAUCAAGCACUUCAAAUGACAUUUUUUAGCAACAAACCAGCACCAACAAUUGGAACAAAAUUACCAUUACCAUUAUCAAUUAGAAAAAUGCCAGAAGAUAAACCUAGUCUUAAACGUAAAUUAUUAGAAACAGUUGAUGGUGGAUCACUUGCUAAAAGGCUACAGUUUUGAUAUUUAUUAUUAAACAAUUUUUAUAUAUUUAAUUAUUGAAA